AUGAAAGCCCUUAUACAGGGAACGAUCUCGGCUCUUGGUUUUCUGGAAGAUGGAAAUUAUUAUCAGGAACCGGAUUGUUAUGAAAGUAUAAGGGAUCUUAUUAGAUUUCUAAAAUCUGACACUGAUGACUGUUUGGCAAGAAGGAUAUGUGGUGAACGUAACAUAGUUGAGAAUGAUCUAAUACACAUAAUGAAAGCAGAACAGGGUAAUGAAAAAAUGUUUGAUAUAGUUCUGCGAUUGAUAGCCAAUCUCAUUCAACCAACAUCAGUCAGUUUAUCAGGCAAGCCUCCUCUCGAAACGGCGGACUAUCAGUUAUUAUACAAGUUAGAUGAAAACCUUAGACGGACGAAGUCUGCUUUUGCUGAUAAGGAGUUUUUUAUAAUUUUGAAGACUAGAUUAGAGAAAUAUUUCUUGAGAACGGAAUGGGAUGAUCGAACUGAAGACCAGAAGUUGAUAAUGGAAAGAAUAGUCGUACUUAUGAGAUAUAUAUUUACCAUCCCUUCUGGUAAAGGAGAUGAUCGGCGGACCAAGUUAGAAACUAACACUCAUGACAAAGUAAUCAGUGCGUUCGUGGAAUCCGGAAUAGUUGAUGUUCUGACUCAUAUCGCUUCGACUUCUGGUGAACGUGAUUUCCAUUUAUCUAUUCUGCAGAUUUUUGGAUGUAUAGUUAGAGAGCACAGCCCAGCUGAUAUAGUCGCUACUUUCCAAGGAAGAAGUGAGGAGGAGAAAGCCAAGUCUGAAGCUGAAAUGCAGAUGAUCUUCCAAACAGAAUUGAAUAAGGACAAAAUCAUGAAAAGGAAUGCUAUGGCAAAAAGACAUUCGAGAUUCACGGGAUCCUAUGUGGUUAAGGGCAUUCAAGCGGUUAAUAAAGAUAAUGAUUUCGUUGUUCACAAAGUCGUUGAUGAUGUGUCAAAGAUUACCUUCAACGAUGAACGCAAAACAAAGAAGCGAAUUGCCAAAAACAGAAGACCUUUUGAAUCCAGUGAUACAACCCAUACUUCAUCAAUUGAAGUGAGACUCCAACUGAAAUCAUUCAUUGAGAAGGUGUUAGAGAAAGCAUUCAAUGUUCUUAUGAAGUAUUCGAAAGAACUGGCUUUCAAUAUGAGAACAGUUCUUGGUCAGAAGAACGCGGAAACGCAUUAUUUCCUGGUGAUGAGGUUCUUCUUGGAGUAUACACGUCUAUCCAAGCGCCCCACGUCAUAUGUGUCCUCUUGUUUGGGCAUGGAAGCAUUUCAUCAUCUCCAAAUCCAACUUGAGGAAGCGUUAGAGAAUGCUGCUUCGCAACGCAAGGAAGCUAGGCAUUUUGGUAUGAAGGCUCAGUAUGCUCUUGCUGCUUAUAAGGAAUUGAUUCUCAUACAUCAACACAUGCUCGACAUUGGUAACCCUGAUGAGAAGAAGCUAGCUCAACGAACAUGUGAGCAUAUUCUGAAAGUCGAAGAGUAUCGCGAUCUUACUGCUGGGGUUAUGCGUCGCUUUAUGCCUGGAGCCUUCUCGAAGGGUUUCUUGAGAGAAAUAGUACUAUCAACUCAUUUCUACUUACGUAUGCUCGAGAAAAGUGUCAAGGCAGGUAGUUUAACGACGGUUAACAAGAGACAGAAGAAAAGGAAAAUACGUAAGAACGGUACUAGUGGAAGCCAUAAUCAGGCGCCGAAACGAAGUGAAUGUGAUAAAAUUGAGGGAGAAACACUAGACACUCUUUGGUGUAGCAUAUCACAAGAGCUUAGUGAGUGCUUAAUGGGCUAUGUCGAACCUGCAACAACGAAAUCUCCGAUCAACUCUUUGUUGGACGUCAAUGAUGAAGAUCAUCAGCGGUUUGCAAUGCUGUACAUCCAAAGAGCUAUGAGAGAAGAAGAUGUUCAAGCUGCCGUCGGAAUCUUCAGAAACGCUCGCGAUAUUUGGAAUGCUGAAGGAAUAUUUGGUGAUAACAACAUGAGUCCUGAAGAAGAGUUCUGUGAGCUGCGUGAGAUUUUCUUCGGAGAUUUGGAAGAGAUAGCUUCUGCUUUACUAACCGCUGAAACAACUAGUGAUGAGCGAUUCAGAGGAAAUGAGUUGAUGAAUGAUGGUGAAUAUGAUAGUGAAGACGAGGAUGAAGCUACUUAUGAAACCAAAGAGGUCAACUUCGACUUCGAAGAAUACGUUGGCAAGUUUGCGAAAACGGAGAUUCUUAGAUGGUAUGUGUUCUUACUCGCAGAGUUCGACAGGAACAGUUUCGAACUAAACAAGGCGUUGAUCAAGAUGCUCCACAGAGUUUCUUUCGAUUUGAAAAUGCCCAGUCGUCUAUAUCAACUGUCCUUGUUCCGAGUAUUCUAUCUUGUGAACGACAAAAUGAGUAAACUGACUCCAGAAGAACGCAAAAUCAGUCCUCUCUUCGAAAUUCACACUUUCGGUUUACAUCUUCUGAAAAGAUUCUUCAAUGCGUUCGAAGAGAUUGGUGAUCGUCUUGCUCCUGAAGUUUUGUUCUGGAAAGGAGCCAAAGAAGUUUACGAAAUCGAGCAUAAGUUCGAAUCGCAUUACGAAACUCGAGAAACGGGUAAGUUCAAAUGGCCAGAAGAUUUGGAAGAAGAAGUUAGAUCACUUCACAAAGAGUAUAUGGAGAUGGAAGACAAGCCUGCAGAUCUCGACGUACUUGAUUUCAUCGAACAUAAUAUGACUCAGCCUCGAACAAGGAGACAAAUUCAUAGAAAAUUGAGGGAACAAGGGCUUGAAACAUUAGGGUCAAGAAUCAACAAAGGAAGUGCUAAGGAAAGAUCGUUCCCUAUCAUAGACUUGAAGGAAUUCAUCGAAAAGUACAAUGCUAACAGCGAUUUACAAUCAGAGGAUCUGGUUGACUACCUAGUGAAAUCUCUGCAAGAGAAUGGUAAAGGAGAAUACUCUCGACCAAAGAUUAUAAAGCAAUUGGCAUAUGUUGGAUGUCCGUAUGAGAAGAAGAAAAAAUUGAAAAAGGUUAAUCAGCCUUGGGACUCCUGGUUAGAGACCGAACUCAAAAGUAUCAUCGAAGAGCAUAAGCAAGCUUCGGAGAGAGAUCCGUUCCUCAUGAAUAUAGUCGAUUAUGUCUUCCAUAAAAUUCCUCAAAAGAAAACUCGAAGACAGGUUGAACAUAGGCUUGUAGGUCUAGGCAUCAUUGAAGAGCCUGUAAGGGCUCCCAGAGCAUCUAAACCAAAGUCAGCUAAGAAGAAAAAGGAUGAUUUCCUGGCUGGAUCAGAUUCGGAUAAUGAGGGAGAGCAGAGCUCAAGUGAAGAUGAAAAUGUUUACGACGUGGAUUUCGACAAAAUUUUCCCGGACAAAACUGGGGAAGAGGAGGAAGAAGUCGAGAGGAUGGAAGAAGAUGAACCUAAAGAAGAAGAAAAGAAAAUUCUGUCAGAUAUAACCAAUGAAACGGAUAAAAGAGAAAACGCUCAAAUGCAAUCUGUUCUAGUCAAUAGUGAUGACGAGAUGGGAGAUGCUGGUGAACGACGAGCCCCUUCAGAGCCUCAAGAAGUAGUAACAGCUCCAUUAGUUUCAAAGAAAAGAAAACGGGUAAUGAUCUCUGAUGAUGAAGAUGAACAUAGUAACAAUUCGGAUGAAGUUGUUGCUCCUGUGCAAGUUGGCACUAUGCGUCAAUCGGCUUCUCCUGGCGUCUCACCAGUGCGCCCCAAAAAGAAAAUUAGUAGAAUAAUAGAUUCAGAUGAAGAAGAUGAAGCAGCAGUGGUUUAA